UCUAAGUGUUAGAGAUCAAAAGAGAUUUUAAGCGAAAAGAAUUUUAAACAAUUAAUAUUUUUGUCUUUGGAAUUUAACUGUGAUGGGUUCCUGGUUAAAGCCACAAGGAAUCACAACUAUGAUGGGUCGCUGGUUAACGAAAUCAAGAGAAAACAUUCUCGACAAUGUAAUUGUAACAGAUGCCGAGUUGAAGAUUUCGAUGAAUUUUGAAGAUUGCGCGAAAAAGAUCAGAAAAGUUGCUUGCCAAUUCGAAGGAGUUAAAUCAUGCAUCACGGAUAUAGAUGAUCAAAAAGUCUUGGUCAGUGGUGAAUUUAAUUUGCAUAAAUUGGUGAAGACUCUCAAGAAAAAAACUGGUAAAAAGAUAGAAAUUGUGAUGAAGAAUGAGAAAUCUAAUGAUGAUAAACCGGAAACAAGUAUAAUGGAAGUGGAGUUCGGUAUACCAUUUCUCUGUGAAAAAUACGAGAAAAGUUUUAGAAAAGUUAUUUCCAAAUGGACAGGUGUUGAAACAUAUGUAAUGGAUCUAGAAAAUAAAAAGGUUGUGGUCAUUGGUAACUUUGAUAAGGAUGAAUUGUCGAGAAAACUUAAUAAGAAGAUGCAACAAAAGAUUAAAAAGGCUGAAAAGGAAAGGCAGGAGUGGGAAUCUGAAAUGAUGUUAAAGGAGGCUGAAGAAGAAAAAAGAGUUGCAGAGAUUUAUGAAGAAAUCGACAAGGAUAGAAAUGUAUAUCUCAACCCAAUUACUGAUUAUGAAAAGGAGAUGGCUAAACAUUAUAACAUGUUCAGUGAUGAAAAUCCUAAUGCAUGUUCUAUUUCGUAACAUAGUCGAAACAAGUAUCCACCAUGAAAAAUACAGCAUGAUAAUGGACCUUAUGCAUUUUGAGAUGUUUUAAUGUUUUAUUCACCAAAAAUAUUAUGUAAGUUGGACAAAAUAAAAGUAUGAUUUCAUUUUAACCUUUU